GUACUUUCUCCUCGCAACUGCUAUAUAUAAACUCCACCAUUUCACUCAGUGGAACCUUAUAGCAAAAUCUCUAACAUCUAACUCCUGAGUUAAUAGUAAUUUAAAUUAUUAUAAGUAACCAAACUUAAUUAAUCAGUGAUUAACUAAGAGAUUAGAGGCUGAGGCUGAGUUGCAUGGCAAGAGGUCGUAAUCCAACGACGAUGAACCGGAGUGAUCGAUACCUUGGAAGCUACAGUUACGGUGACAGUCAUGGUGCUUCCGUCACUGACGAACUAGAGCUCGCCGAGGAAGACAUCUGGUCACCGGCCGUCAUUCACAGCACCGAGACGGAAGAAUCAUACAGCGGGUGGAACUCACGUGCUGACUCGGUGAAAAGCGGGCGCGUGGGAGGACUGUCGCUUACUUUCAAGAGCUCUUUAAACGCGCCGUCGUCAUCUCCGAUGCUCGUGCAGCAGUUACGCGGCGGAGUAAAUGAAGGAGUAACCAGGCAGAGUUUGGCGUCUUCGGCGCCGGUGAACGUGCCGGACUGGAGCAAGAUAUACCGAGUCAACUUGGUAGAGUCAAGACAAGAGAUGGACGAGGAUGAGGAGGAUCCGGGGAUGAUGCCGCCGCACGAGUACCUUGUUAAGAGCCAUGCACGGCGGAGCAGGAAAAUGGGCGGCGGUGGGACGUCGAUGUUUGAGGGUGUCGGAAGGACUCUCAAAGGCAGGGAACUAAGGCGUGUUCGUGAUGCGAUUUGGAGCCAAACAGGGUUCUACGGCUAAGAACUUAACAAAUAAAAGCAUUUUUAGAUUUCGAUUUUGUUUUGGCAAGAAUUUUGUAAUUUUCGAAGUUUUGUUGCCUUUAACAAGGUUAAAAAUUCAAGUUUCUCUUCUGAGUUGCCUAAAAUUCAAAAAUAAUUUUAUCUUAUGUUAAUUAGUUUAACUAGCUCUGAGUUAUAAGUUUUUUACUGAAUAAAUUUGACAUUCA